AGAGUUGCCACAAAAACACAUAUAGGGAAAUAUAAUCCACUACCGUACGUGGUAUCUCAUCUACUUCAAGCAGUUUUGAGUUUGAAAAAAUUCUCGAUUUCUUUGGAACAAAAUAUUAAAUUCAUUAGUAUGUGAAACUAGCUGGUACUUUCUAUUGAUCACAGUACCUUUGAUUGUUGAUGCGUUUAGAAAUACUCUAAACGUAUCCAUAAUCAAAGUCAGUACUUAGUACAAUGGGCCUUUAUCAAUUAAUGAAGAACUGACAUUGAAAAGUCACUUUUGAUUGACUAAUCACCAAAUAAUGUCCUAAUGGUGAAUCAAUAUCCUCAUUUUUAAAAAGUGGGAUUUCUCAUUCAUGGAAUUACGCAUAAUUCAAAAUUCAACGUGACAACCCAAUUCUGUAAUUAGAUGAAUGUCAAUUAUUGCUGAGUUGGAAGGAAAACAUUUAUUAUUAUAAUUUAUAGCUUACAGCAAUAGAAAUGACAACUACUCCAAUCAGUAGUACAUGUCAGUCAGUCCACAGUGAUGGCUUGUUUACGCUACGGUAGCCUUAGUGAACGAUUUAGCACUACUUAUCGAUUUUUGAGAUGGGAGAAUCAAGAUUUGGCAUUUAGAAUGACCUUGACAAUAUUAGGCUACUAUUAUUAUUGCAUUUACCGUUUCAGGAAGUUCAAUGUGACAGCUUGCUAAGGUUACUUGUGUGAUAUUAUAACGCCUAUAUGCUUAGUUAAAUUAUUAGUUUGUACUGAUCAUCUUGGGUGUAUAUUACGCAUAGCAGGCCUCAUCAAGACAGGCAAUUCUCUGGCUUGUGGAAUAACUGUGUUAUUGUGAUUUUUCGGAAUUGUUUGUAUUAUUUUGCAUUGAACAGUGGUGCCGCAAUGUAUUCAGUCAGUGUUUGUCUUCUUAUUUCCAUCUAUAACUGUGUUCUUGCAAUUGAUGGAAGAGUGAUAGAAGAUGUGAAAGAUACUUCACUCGUGAAAGAAUCAUCACCCCUUAAUCAAUAUUGGAAAGAAGUGAUGUCAUUCAACAAGACGGCACCACUCCUCUCAAAAUACCUACAGAGCAAUUUCGGCCCGAAAUUGGUCAGCACAGCACUAUCAAAUUCCUUAUCUGGAAGUAAAGGUAUGUCUGAUGAGAGUUUAAAAAACGGGAGAUCGCCGAAGGGACUGGAUUUUCGGAGGAUGCCGGAGCUAGAAAACAGCGUGGGGCAGACACUAACGUGGGGCAGUCGUCGACGCGGAGGAGGAUUUGGCGAUUUCGGAAGUUCAGGUCAAGAAAGGUUUGGAGGUCAUCCUGGAGGUCAGGAUGCAGGAUGGCCUGUGGUGGCCGGAGGCGGAGUGCGAGAAACCGGAGGCUCGGUGUACUUCAGAGGUCCGGGUGCUAUGGUCGGCGAGGGGGGCGUUGUUGGCAAGGGGCGAGGAGGAGGCAGAGCCGGGGGCGGUUCGCGUGCGGGAGCAGGGGCAGGGGCUGCCGCCAACGCCGCCUCAGGGGCUGAUGACAACGCCAAAGUCCAAAGCGCAGCCAGCAGUCAAGCAGCCGCCACCUCUCAAUCCUCAAACGGCGAGAGUAAAGCUAUGGCUGCCUCAUCUGCGAACUCACAAUCAUCGAACGGCAAGAGCCAAGCAAUAUCUGUAUCAUCCGCUAACUCACAGUCUUCAAACGGAGACUCUGGAUCAAUCUCUAACAGUCAAUCCAUGUCAGUCGCAAACUCGGAAUCAGGUCAGGCCAACAGCCAAUCACAGGCAAUGUCGGCCAGUGUAUCUGCAGCCAAUGGCCAGUCAGCAGCCUUCUCAGCAGCCAGUGCAGCAGCCAUGGGCCAAGGUCUGGCAGCCAGUCAGGCCAUGUCGUCCGCGGCCAGCUUCUCGGCCGGCCAGGGUGGCCAAUCCAUGUCCGCCUCCAGCAGUCAGUCUGCAGCUAUGGCAGGAGCUGACAAUAACGGUAAUAGUGCAUUCAGCUCUUCAGCCUCCAUGUCAAUGGCUUCUUCGAACUUACUAGGCGCUGAAGCAGACAAUAAUGAAUUCAAAAUGAACUUCAAAACACCUCUUGGUACUGCAAAUAUUGAUGAAAAAAUACCAAUCAUGAGAUGGAAGGAACAAUAUUCCCGGUGGAGUAGUAAGUCACACAAAGAAAAUUAUCGCUCAAUAUAGAGCUUAGAGAACGAGCAACGCCUUUCUGAGCUCUUAUCCAACUAUCAAAAUACUAUCAAUCAUUGAGUUAUUUCUCUCAAAGUAAAUAACUUUAUCUUCUUGGCUCUUGAUAUAAAAUAUCUACUGAAUAAUUCUCCAAAAUAUUGAAAAUAGUAAGGCUUCUACAGUAAUACUGUUAACUAAUUUAUAAUUUCAUUACGUAUUCCACAUUCAUACUCAUUGUAAAAUACUGAUGCUGAAUACACCGUAGGCUCAAUAAUUUAUAAUAUUGUAGAGAAGAGAAUCGGCUUAUAGAUGUACGGGAUAGGAUUAACAUGAAAUUUUUCUUAAAGAUUCCUAAUUCACCGAGGAUGGUGAUAGACCUAUUUUAAUUUGUGUUAAUCAAAUAAUUACAAUUCUAAUAAUUUUAUGUAAUUAUAAUUAUAAUAAUUUAUAAAAAAUAUCUCAUUCAGAUGUGAUAAUGUUAUAUCAUUCGAUGUCUUGAAACACUAAUUGUUUCGAUUGCUAUAAACUCAAACAAUAAACGUACUCGUUCUUCAACUUGUAUUAUUUAAAAAAUAAAAUUAUUAAGUACCGUAA